AGCGCAUGAAACGUACAGAAGCAGCAAGAUGAGAUCUGGCUGGAUUAAAGGAUCACUUCUUGCCUUUGCUGUGACCGCGGCUCUGCUAUAUCUUGGCUCCAUUAAGAAGGAGGUCCAUAUCCAUUCAGAGAGACUCCAGAUGGCCCACGACAAUGACUCUAUCAGGAGUCAGGGAAUGCUUAUUAGGAUAGACGAGAUGGAAAUGAACAUCAACAGGCUGCUCAGUCUGAUAAAUAAUCUUGAUAAGAAGGAACCAGCACCACAGAAGAACCCAGAGGUGAAGAAGGAGAGGAAGGUGGUGAGGAAGCUGUACCCGAACUCUGCUCUGUUCAGGAAGUGGGGUAAUGAGCUUUCAGAGGAGGAGCAGAAGGAGGCCGAGAAUUUGUUUCAGAGAUACGGCUACAACGCCUUCCUCAGUGACAGGCUGCCUCUCAACAGAGAGAUCCCUGACACCAGGCCUGCCAGGUGUGCUGACAAAAAGUACCCAGAGGAUCUGCCUACCAUCAGUGUUGUUUUAAUCUACCUGGAUGAAGCUCUUUCUAUCAUCAAAAGGGCCAUCUGCAGCAUCAUAGACAAGACGCCAGCUCGGCUGCUGAAAGAAAUCAUACUGGUGGACGAUCACAGCAGUAAUGAGGAUUUAAUGGAGAAACUGGAUGAAUACAUCAACUCCAUCCACGAGGAGGUUCCAGGCCUGGUGAAGAAAGUCAGGCACUCGGAGCAGCUUGGCCUCACCCAGGCCAGACUGUCCGGAUGGAGGGCGGCUGUUGGAGACGUGGUGGCCAUCUUGGAUGCUCACAUAGAAGUCCAUGUGCAAUGGGCAGAGCCAUUGUUAGCUCGCAUUAAAGAGGACCGAACCGUGAUACUGACACCAGUGUUUGACAGAGUCAAUUUUGAUGAUUUGGCACUGACUCCCUACACACCUGCAGCAGAUGCCUUCGACUGGGCUCUGUGGUGCAUGUAUGUGUCCUUCAGACCCGAGUGGUACGCUUUAAAGGACGAGUCACAACCUGGCAAGAGCCCCUCCAUCAUGGGGAUUCUUGUAGCUGAUCGGAUGUUUUUUGGAGAGAUCGGAAGUCUUGAUGGUGGAAUGAAAAUUUAUGGAGGUGAAAAUGUGGAACUCGGCAUCCGGGUGUGGCUGUGUGGAGGAAGCAUAGAAGUCAUACCUUGCUCUAAAAUUGCCCACAUUGAACGGGCCGUCAAGCCUUACCUCCCAGACUUGAGUGUAAUGGUAAAGCGUAAUGCUCUGAGGGUGGCGGAGGUGUGGAUGGAUGAAUAUAAAUACAAUGUCAACAUUGCCUGGAACCUUCCCCUAGAGAAUCAUGGGAUAGACAUUGGGGAUAUAUCAGAGAGGAAAAAGCUGAGAGAGAGGCUGAAUUGCAAGCCCUUUAAGUGGUAUUUGGAAAAUAUUUACCCCAUGCUAGACCCUCUGCAUGACCUGUUAGGUUAUGGAGUGCUAAUUAAUGACCUGAAGCCAGAUCUCUGUGUUGACCAAGGCCCGGUUCCUGGGAACACACCCAUUGUAUAUGCAUGCCACAACUACUCACCACAGCACUGUUAUUAUCGCUCUGAUGGCCAACUCUACAUCGGCGGAAUCAAAUCUCACAAGUACAGCAGCAACCGCUGUCUGGUGGACCCCGGCACCGGAGUCUACCCAGGACUCUACAACUGCAAACUGGCCCAGCAGAAGAACUUCCACAUGCUGUGGGAUUUUAAACAGAAAGGACUAAUCCAGAACAGAGAAACAAAGAGAUGUCUAGAAGUUGCAAUGGGUGAAGACGGCUAUUACAAACUUGUUGUACAGCAGUGCAGUGGUCAGAGCUGGAAGAUAGAAAAUCUCAUCAAAGACUUUACUUUACUGCACACCUGAAUUGGACCUACAAGAUCUACAAGGAACUAAUGCUUUUUAUUUUAUUCUUGUUUUUGCAUCAUGCCAUUUUGACAAAUGUAACUUUCACACAAACUUUGUGUAUUGUUUCUUUUCCAAAAAUGUCAUUUGUGGUUACAGUUUUUGAAUUCCUUUUUCUGGUGGCAAAAUUCGCUGUGGACAACUUAUAAAAUUCCUUUUGUAGUUUUUCCAGUAAAAGAACUAUAGUUCAGAAACUUGUGUGAGGGUUUUAACUUACCUACAGUACCCACCUUUCUAUGUCCGACCUAUUUUUAACUCCUUUCAGCCUAUCCUUUUGCAAAGAAACAGUUCCAAUGAAACACCCUACAUUGAAUCUGAAUUGUUUACAUAAAGGCUGCUAAUGGUCUAUAGAUAUUUGCUCUAUGACAAACAUCAUUCAAGUCAAAUAG